AUAAUACUGCGCCGCUUUUGCUAUAAGGCUAUUGUUAUAGCCAAUUUCUCGAUUGAUCGUCACAGUCCGAAUUGCGAAGUGCGAACUGCGGUCUACGGUCUGCAGUCUGCGGUCACAACCCUACCGCCCUGCCGUCCUACCGCCAGUCAACAUCGCGUCCCUCACUUACCUCAGCCACCGUCUCCAUUAGCAACCUUAGCAACCUUGGAAACCCACCUCUUUCAGGAACCUCCAACUCAACUGAACUACUGCGUCCCGCCUUUUUGUGACCCUGCAUCUUCAAUUCCCUCGACAGUCAACACUAGACGCCAUCAUCUUGCUGAUAACAAAUUUUGAGGAUUCGAUCAUUUGCUUAGCUUAUAUUCGAAUCCAGAUACAAUCAAUACACCGAUUUCUAUUGUCUGACAUGUAAUGCUCCGCAUAUUACACUUAGGAUUGCCGAAGAAUCGCAUUUCGCAAGAAGGCGUCGGCUCGCAGCCGCCCAUGACGAAUACAUGCGCUCAGCCGACGCUGAACCUCGACCACAUCUUCAAUCACCAGCCGGGCAUUUCGCGCGGAUAAGAUGUCAGACCGAAUACAGGCCUCCGUCCGGGUUUCUGGCCCCCCAAAUAGUAAUUUUCUCGUCGGAUAUCCUGGCAUUUCGGCGACUUUGCCGCGCAUCGAGGGAAAGGUCGAAAUAAGACCGUCAUCAGGCUACUCCGCCCCCGUCGCCAUCUCCCUGGUAAGAAUCUGCCUGCAACGAAGAGAGACAAUCCACCCAGCCGCCGAAAAUGUAGCCAAGCGCCAUCUGGGUACGCCCCGACGCGAUACGACCGAUGUUGUCGGCAAGGAACUCUUGUUAUACCGAUGCGCAACAGGCAGAGAAGCAGAAAGUGUUGUGGCGAUGGACCUCCCAUUUGUCUUGUUUAUUCCAUUUGGGCGAGGUGGCGAAGAGAUAAAUAGAAGGAUACCGCCCGCAUCGUUACAACUUCCAAGCAGGACGGCCGAGACGUACUAUGAGCUGGUGGUGACCGUACAACAAGGACAGAGUGUGCAGAACAAAUAUGCGUUCCCCAUACCUUUGCAGCGGUAUGAUACUUUGUCAACCUUUGGAAUGUAUAACCGACCCGAGCACAAAGUUGCGACCGCCGACAAUGUAGUGACACUGGGCAUUUCUCUUCCGAGAUGGAGUUACGGGCCUAUGGACCCUAUUACGGUAUAUAUAAAGUUGGCCCCGAAUCUGGACUGGAUGUCCAAGGCGAAGAAAGUCACCAUCAAAGCCAUCACCAUCGCGAUCGAAGAGGAGAUUACGUAUAACCCUGAAGGAGAUGAACCUACCAAAAAGGUCAACAGGCUGCAAAAAUACGCACAGGCCGUCGGGACUAAACUACCUGAAGAGGGCUAUGUAACUAAUAUGGGAAUUAUCUUCCCUCAUAAAGACUUACGAGACGUAAAUGGCAUCAUACGAAGAGGACAGCCUGCGUUCCCGAAUUACGAAGUCACGUCAUUCACAACAACAUCUACACUAUACAAGAUUGAGUUUUUCCUUGUUAUCAAGGCAUCACUCACGUCAGCUCGCGACAUUACUCUUCGACAGCCUAUUGUAAUAUGUCCUUUGGACCAUCAAGCCUGUAAGGAAGAAAUGGAUGCUAUCGAACAAGCAGCAAAAGAGGCGUCCUCUAUUGACCAGAACAACCCAAUGUUACCGGCAAGAAAUAUCGUUCUAGCCAAUGACCCGAAUGCUUUGGCGGCAUUGGGAUUUUGCUUAGUGGGAGGUAAUAAGAAGCCACUGAUCGAAUGAGGUUUCUACACCACGUUAGCAAAUGCUAGGAUGCCGGAUCCAUCGCGUAAUGCAUCGGAAGCAUC